UUUGCAUUUCAAGUCUGUUAACCAUGGAACUCAAGAUGGAGUCGCCGCCGAGCGUGUACACGAACGGCACGUCGCAUGAGUUUGUAUACCACGAACCAGAUUCCCUCUCCCUUCCACUUGGAAAAGAAUACAAACUAAAAAUGGUGAACAUGAAUGGUAUAGAUAUUGCAGCUUUUAAUGUUGACGGCGAGGAUUUGUUGUGCUUUCCACAAGUCUAUGAAUAUUUCCUGAAAGACUUGGUGUCAGGAAUGCAUACAGUGUACACCAAGCUAAAACGAAUGAAUAUACAGGGUCGAAACUGCAAUGUGGAACAAGUUCGAAUGAUGAGAAGUGUUGGAGCCAUUGGUCAAGUUGUAAACCGCUGCAAAUUGAUUUCACGUGAAGAUUUCAAUAAGAUUUAUGAAGACUGCCUCCUCUAUAGAGGGCCUGGUCGACGUAGAAAGAAUCCCGAAAUUCCUCCAGAACUGCUUAACAAUCCAUUCAAGAUUUACCGAACUGACACGCAGCAAUCACCCGGUCAGGCAGAGACAGUUCCGGGUAGCGGACAGGARGAUAAUGGUGAUGAAGUUGAACAGCCAACUGAACAGAGAGAUAGCAAUAAUAAUAGCGAGGACAAUGCGUUCAAAGUUCCACACCGUCAUGUUGUACACUCUGCGGUUCCACGUUUCACUGGCGCUUCAAAUGGCUACAUAUCUUCUUCUCAUUCCGGUGUUUUUGCAUACAAUUCAAGAACACCAUCCUCAUCGCGAUUACCUACAAUGGUCAAUAUAAGAAGCUCUGUUCCUCAAACCAAUAGCAGUCCAGCCAUUUCAAAUGCUGUUCACAUCACCCAUACUCCUGUACGAUCACUAAUGUCAGAAACUCAAUCUGAGCAGUCUGUAUCUCAUGUCAGCAGCACAGGAGUUAGUGAACAUGUGGAAAACAGAGGGAUUGUUAGUGAAGCAGGCUCGGAUCUGUCAGCAUCAACAGCGCGGAUACAUCUUAAGCCUGAGGUUGAAUACCGSGAGAAUGGUUCGGUUGAGACUUUACUGCAUAACAUUCAAGGGUUAUUGAAGGUGACAGCAGAAAGCGCUAGACAGCAACAAAGACAAGCUCAACUAGAAAGUAACGAAUUACGAAGACUAYUGCAAAGAGAGAAAGACGCCCGAGAAAAAGCAGAGAAACUAAGUGCAAGCCUUCAGCGUAGUAAAGCUUUCUGGCAUAAGAAGUUCAAACGAGAGAAAAAGGCRAAGAAGAAGCUCAGCGAAAGGCUGGCAGAGGAACAACAACGCGUCUACUUGCUUGAUCAACAGUUACAAAAUACAUCGCAAGAUGCCAUGAAACAAAUGAAUGAUUCUUUGAUUGAAGAACUUGAUAAAGAGAGAUCAGCUAAAGGAGAAGCAGAAAGAAAACUACAAGAAGCUCGUGGCGAGAUUCAAAACUUCAUGCAGAACUUCCUGGAAAACCCUCGACUUGUCCAAACACAGCAGAAACAGGCGACUGCGGACCAGUUCGAAAUGGAAGUCAAAGAAGAGCAAGAAAGUCAUUAGCUGUUCUUUUUUGGAUAAAAGUUACAAACUAUUCAGACGGAGCGAUCCCUGCACACACAUCAAUUCGCUAGAUUUUAAGGUCUUGAGUUAAUGUUUUAUCACCUCGGAAGGUUUCCGGGACAAUGUCUUGUUCGUGUUGUUGGAAAAAGCAGUAUUCUGAAAUGAAUGUUUUUGCAUAGUCAAGUUCUCAUUACCAAAUAGUAACACAACGUUGUCAUGGAACGACUGCCCUGCGUUAGUAACGGUUGUUAAGUGACGUAAAAGAGUUCAAAUAUUCUUGAUGAAUUUAGAGCAAAUUCACAAGACCAACAUUAUUUUGCUAGACCAAAUAGCUUUAUUAUUCGACUUUGGUUCAUAUAUGUACAGAGAUAUAUUUUUGUAUAAAUAUAUUUUGAUACAAUCAUACAAAGUAUAUUUUUAUAAGUUUAGUCUUCGAGUAUUUGCUCCGUGCAUAACGGAGCCAGAUUUCUGCAUUUUUAAAUGAUAAAAAAUAAAAAAAAACAAUGUUAUCACAAU